GCUCGUUCCCGGCGGGCGCUGAGGCGAUGGCCGGGGUCCCGCUGCUGGAGGCGCUGGGCCGCCUGUGGCAGGUGCAGGCCCAGCUCGGCAGCGGCGCCUCCGCCUCCGUCUUCCGCGUGCGCUGCUGCGGGGACCCGCGCGCCCCGCUCGGCGCCGUCAAGGAGUUUGUGCCUCCGGCGCGGCCCGGGCCUGCCGCCCGCAGCGCCCCGGAGUACGGCUUCGGCAAGGAGCGCGCCGCGCUGGAGCAGCUGCGGGGCCACCGCAACAUCGUGACGCUGUAUGGAGUGUUCACCAACCACUUCUCUGCGAAUGGCCCUUCUCGCUGCCUCCUGCUGGAGCUGCUGGACAUCAGCGUGUCAGAGCUGCUUCUCUACUCCAGCCAUCAGGGCUGCUCCAUGUGGAUGAUCCAGCACUGUGCCCGUGAUGUGCUAGAGGCCCUGUCUUUCCUUCACCACAAAGGCUAUGUUCAUGCAGACCUCAAGCCACGCAACAUCCUUUGGAGCGCAGAGGAGGAGUGCUUUAAACUCAUUGACUUUGGGCUUAGCUUCAAAGAGGGGAAUCAGGAUGUGAAAUACAUUCAGACAGACGGGUAUCGGGCUCCAGAGGCAGAGCUGCAGAACUGCCUGGCUCAGGCGGGGCUCCAGAGUGAAACAGAAUGUACCUCUGCUGUAGAUCUGUGGAGUCUAGGAAUUGUUUUACUGGAAAUGUUCUCAGGAAUGAAACUGAAACAUACUGUCCAAUCUCAGGAAUGGAAGACAAACAGUUCUGCCAUCAUUGAUCACAUUUUUGCCAGUGAAGGUGUGGUAAAUUCAGCCAUCCCAGCCUAUCACCUCAGAGACCUUAUCAAGAGCAUGCUUCACGGCGACCAAGCAAAAAGAGCCACUGCUGCAAAGGCUCUGUGCAGCCCCUUCUUCAGCAUUCCCUUUGCUCCCCAUAUUGAAGAUCUGGUGAUGCUUCCGACUCCUGUGCUAAGGCUGCUUAAUGUCUUGAAUGACACUUCUCUUCAGAGUGAAGAAGAAUAUGAAGAUGUGCUGGAAGACAUACGAGAGGAGUGUCAGAAAUACGGCCCGGUGGUAUCCAUGCUUGUUCCAAAGGAGAAUCCUGGCAAAGGCCAAGUCUUUGUUGAAUAUGCAAAUGCUGGUGAUUCCAAAGCUGCCCAGAAAUUGCUCACUGGAAGGACAUUUGAUGGCAAGUUUGUUGUGGCUACGUUUUACCCCCUGAGUGCCUAUAAGAGAGGGUAUCUGUACCAAACAUUGCUCUAGCAGCAGCAGCCGCCAUCAGGAGGGUCGGCAGCGUCUCUUCCUCAUUUCAGUGUGUUCUGCAGUUGAAUGUACAAAGAGCUUCCUAGCCCUGCUUUUGAGUAGUUUUGAAAGGAGAUCUGCACAGGACAGAACAGGGCUUGUGCCCUCUAGUGCUGCUUUAUGCUGUACAAAGGUAGCCCAUGUGACUUCAAAAUGAUCUGUGUUCUGCUUGUUUGGUUACAUUAGAGACGUGGCUCUUGGCUGCCCUGGACGGCUCUCGAGUGACUGGAGUAAGUAGUGGCAUGGCCAUCACAGGAGACUCCCUAUCUAAGCAAUUGAGGUUAAGUCUGGUUCAGACGGUUAAAAAUCUUGCUUCAGUGUCUUGACACGAACGACUGACGAAUGUUUUGGGGAGGGAUCUCUCCGUUAAAUAUUCAUCAUCGUGGAGUGAGAGCCCCCCCAUACGCAUGCUCUGAGACACCCAGGAGGCCCUCCAGCAAGAGCAGGGAAGACUACACUUUUUUUCCCCCUGUUAUCUAAGGUAAAAAGACAAGCAGAAGCCCCUGUAUCUCUGGAGGCUUCAGGUCUUUCCACCCCAUAAAGUAGUGACCAUCUGGUCUCUGGGGUUACCCUGUCACUGACAAAUGGCCCAGGGAGACCCAUAAAAUUUCCUCUGCUCUAGUGUCAGCUGUUGUCUUGUUGGGAAACUGAUUGUCGGUGUCAGUGAAGACAAACUGCUGUCUGAGAUCAGGGCACCUGCAGCAACGUGAGUUCACUUGUAUGGACAGGCUGGGUGAAUGUGGAAUCCAUUAAGCAUCUUUGGGGAAAGGACCAGUGUUAGUCCUGACCCCUGUAACACCAUGUAAUCUAGAGGUUACGCAUUGCCUGUAGUAUGGAGUCAUCUAUCACAGCUGCCGUCCAUUGCUCUUAGUAUCAGUGCCAAAGAGUGCAUAAUGUGGAGGCAUUCCCCAGCCAGCAGGAUUCUUUAAGGGUGUGCUAGAGUGCACAGCAUUCCUUUCAAGAACUCAGCAGGAUGUCUAGUCUGAAGACUUUAAAGGGGGAGCAAAUUUGUACCUGUUGUCGUUUCCUUGUUUGGCUUCUGUUGUAGCAUGUGUGUUGUUUUUUUGCUGUAGCCAGUGUUGAUCUGUUGGAAUUGUGGUAGUAAGCAGGAAGCACUGACACUUUUGGCUCUCCAUAGGGUACACAAAGGGCCUGAGACAAUCCAAGAUCCUUUAGAACAAGGAUCCUUGAAAUAAUCCUACUUGACUGCUAAGGGCCUCCUCCAGGGUGAUGCAUUCUAGUGCCAGAGGGACUGUGGGGUUAGCAAGCACACUAGUUGAAUGCUGUUAGGAAAGAAACAGAUUGAAUGUGGACCGCGUCACUGCUUCUCUCUCUGAACAGGAAAGCUAGUAGUUUAAACUGCAGUGCUACUGUCCUGUCUGCUGCUGUCUGCCAGGCUGAGCCACAGGGGGAGGACAACAAGAGCUGUCUGCACUGAUGAUAUCAUCCUGUUAAUUAACACAACAUUCCAACACUCUGUAUGUGAAGAUGGCCCUGUUCAAAUCAUUGUCAGCUGGCCUGACUUCACACUCAUGUUCACACUCUGCUUAGACCCAGACCAUCCUGUUUAAAUGUGACCCUCCCCAAGGCUGACUAGCUCUGGCUGGGCGAGCUGUGCUGUGAUGGGAGGGCUCUGAGGAAGGAUGGGGGUAUGGACUGGAGAGCACAUAGAGGGGUGGCAUGGGCUUGGGAAAGGGCAUGCAUGGGGGAACGGGGUGAUGGGAGCACAGAAAGGGGCCGUGAGGAGGAGACAACAGGGCAUGCACAGGUGUGGCAGGAACCCAGGAUGGGGGUACCCAGGAGUGCAAAGGGACCAUGGGGUGCCUGGCUAGCACAGAGCAGGGGUGGGGAAGAUGCAAUGUUUUGUCCAUGGUACCUUUAGGUGCUCCGUCAUCUAGAUACCAACCUUGAGAUGCAUAAAGUGUCCCCAUGCUAAACCUCUCCUUGCCCACCCCCAGCCCUGAUGGGCACCCAGGCAUAGCCACAGCACACCUUGCGGUGGCCUGAAGCAGCUGGCUCUGGAGGGAGCACUGCUUCACCAGCCCCAUGGAAACGGGCCUUGUUUGGGAAACCCAACACAUCCUUCCUGGGAGAGUGUCAAUGGGAUCCAGCCACACGCCAGCCCCGAUGUCGCAGGGACAGGAGCUUUCCUUGGGGAGCAGGUCACUGGUGUCUCCUCAGUCUGCCUGACGAAGGGGGCAAUUCGGCCCCACAGUCCAGCGAACCUUCCCCCCCACCCCUUGGGAUUUGCUCCCUCUCAGCCAGUCUCCAUGUCAGAGAGGCCCCCAAGACUCCCUCAGGUCUGUCCAUCUCUCUGGCUGUCAGACCAUGCCCCGCCCCUUAGGGGCCUUUUCGCCAGCCAUUGGCUGACCCGAGGGCAGUCCACUUGUGUACCCCAUGUGGGCUGUGUGGGAGACCUUGACAAGCACCACCACUCCCCCCAGCUCUCUAGCAGAAAGCUCCCAGAGGUUGUGCCCCAUCAUGGGUCUCUCCCUUGCUGGGAAGGAGGCAGUCUCUGUCCCCCAGCUUUGCCCAGCAUUCCUUGAUUUCCAAGUCCCCAUUCUGACUGAAAUUUGGAACAGGCUGUGCUGGGUCUGUCUCUUCUUCUUCUCCCCCCCCACCCCCCCAAUACCCCAUUCAGGGCUGACCAUACCCUGUCAGAGUUACAGGGUUCAGCCACUCCCCCAGUGCCAGACAUGCCUUCGCUCACUCACUGUCUCGCCCACCUGAACUCUGUGCCCCCUACAGGAUGCAGAAACAGAAGCAAAAGUCAAAAUAACAAUUUAUUAGGAGACUGCAAUCCCAUUUCCUGUCCCAGGGGCCCAUCUCCUAUGACCUAGAGACUCACCUUGACCUUGGAGUAUCUUACAGAUUCGGAGGCCCAGCUAAGCCUGUGUGGGAUGUAAUGAGUAGGUGAAGGAUUGUACAGCGGGGUGGGCGACAGCGGCUGCUUCCCAAAACUGGCCAUUUCCAGGCCACACAAUGCUGGGGCUUGGGUGCUUUGCUAACUGGAUCCCAGCCUUCACUCCUUUACAAGGCCCAGUUUUGUUAGGCGCCUGUUCUAAGUAGUAGAGCCAAGCCGUUACUAACCCCUAGAGGGUAGAUGGGGCUUCAUGGUGGAGCAUAGAGGACAUUCUUGUUCAUCUUGGCUACCAAAGAUGCUGGCUGGGUCUUUGUUUAAUAGCUUUAAUAUAUUUGAACCAAAUAAACCCGCAAAAUGCAAACCACUUUUACAAGCUUUUGUCUUUUGGAUGCCCUGGGAAAGCAGGGCCUGAGCCAGUAAGGAUCCUAGGAAUUUGUUUCUGGAUGUUAGUCCUGGUCACACCCCAGUGUGAGCCUUUACAUUCUGCUCCCUAACCUCCCUCUGCGACUUCAGCUACAUACAAACAUUGCUAAAGCAGAACCAACACUGUGUUGGAGGGAAGCCUUCCCAAGCACCCACCGAGUAAGCCCUUGGUCGUCUUUACACAUGGCUUUCCUGUUUGCCUUUGAGCCUUGCUGUGGAGCCGUCGGGUUAAAACCAGGUCUCUCGGAAGAGCAUGUUGAUGGGUGCACCUAUGACUGUGGUGGCACUUGAGCAUGAUUAAAGGCAGCAGGAGUCUGUCUCCUGUACUGAUGGAUCAUAGCAGAGCCAGGCCCCCAUUAUAAGCAAAUGCAUUAGCUCUCCUGUUCAUUGUCUGAUCCCUGGCAACUCUCACUUUCUCUGGUUUCCAAACAGGCUGUGCACACAGGCUACGUCUACACUACAGACCUUACAGCAGCACUGCUGUACUGCUGCAGCUGCACUGUAAGGCCUCCUGUGUACCUGCUCUAUGCCCGCAGGAGAGAGCUCUCCCGUCAACAUAAUUAAACCAGCCCCAAUGAGUGGCAGUAGGUAAGUCGGCAGGAGCGCGUCCACACCGGCGCUUCCGACAGUGUAACUUAUGUCGGUCAAGGUGCUGUUUUUUCACACCCCGAUGGACAGAAGUGCUAGUGUAGACAUAGGCAAAGAAUGCUGCUGCCAAAGCACUUUUCAGCUGAGCUUUUUGCUCAGAGCUGGGGUCCGUGUAGACACAGCUCUCUUGGCAGCCAGAUUCCUACCAGUGUCUCUGGCCUGCUCUCACCCUGGUUAUAUGCCAUGCAGAACCCCAGCUUGCUGGGCACAGUCUGUAUCUCCUUGGAGCUGAACAUGGCUCUAGGGAUGGAAGAGAACAUUUAGCACCAUUACAGCCUUGUAAAACAUCAGGGAAACUUACCACACUGCCCUUAUCACAAAUACCAUCAGCCCCCUCCUGGUCUUCUAUCUCUUCAUCGUUCACUCACUGCUACUAACUCCCCACUCGCUCAGACACACUCCACCACACUCCCCUCCCCUUUGCCCCAGGUUCCCCUUUGCCCCUUCCCCCCCCUCCCCCCCAAGACAAAGCAGUUCUCUCCCUGGCCCCACCAAAUCACCCGCCUCUGUGUCUUCAGAGCUCAGCGGCCACCAUAGCCUACUGGGACUCAAGGUUUCCCUGCUGGCAGGAGUCUCCUGUCUCCUCAUCCCUGCUCUGCUUCCUCUGGCAUGGUGGAUUCAGUGUCAUGUACCUACAGUAACUCUCCUUGCCUGGGCCUAGGGAGGGGGCGCCAGCUAGGAGGAGUCUGGGGUGGGUAGUAAGGGCUUGCCAUGACUCCUCCAUUGAAUAGUGCUGAGACAAGAGAUGGAGCUCCCCCUAAAGGCCCUGUUUCAUAACAGCAGCUGCUGCACUAUUCACACUUCAUUCUCAUUUAAGGUUUUCCCUCCAACCAGCAGGACUAGAAAAAUACUCUAAAAUGAAAACGUAGUUUCUGCUGCAUCGGCCAUGCUCAGACUGGGCAAGUGGGAUUCAGCCAGGCGGGACUAUCAUGUGCUACGUGCGUACAUCAAUCAAUGUUACAAUGCUGUGUGGCCACUUCAAGGAGAGCUGAUUGCUGAGUCAGGUACUUCAGGCUCUCCAAAGAAGAAACCAGGACUUGAUUCUGGAGAUCUUGGAUGCUCUUCGUUGAUCGCCAGUGCCUCAAGUCUCUGCCCUGUGAGCUGUCAUGUUCUCAUCCCAGCCCUUUGCAGCCUUUUGUUCUGCUCUGGCGUGUGUAGUUCUGUGCCUGAAAGUAUCGUGUGCAGACAUCACAGCUUCAGUCCUAACCUCUGGGAAUUCUGGGACCACAUAGAGCAGGUGUACUGGGAAAUUGUUGAUCCUUUAUCUGUGCCAUGUUUGUUAGAUCCUGCUGGCCAUCAGACAUUCAGUGGCGGCUCAGACUCUGAAGUUCCCAUAUUAUAUACCAUGUUCGUGCUCUAGAGGGCUUUGUAGUGCCCAUAACCUUCAGCUAAGACUGUUCUCCACCAAGAACCUCUAGCAAUUUCACUGAUUGCUCUCAGGGUGGUGAAUGUGGAGUAGAAGAUAUUUAUUCACGAAUAGCCAUACGUAAAAUGCAUUCCACUAAUGUAGUUUAACAUGGGCAUGAUGGGCCUAGGUAUAGGUAUAAAGCUGGCUAAUAGCCAUGGCACACAGUCUUUAGGGACUUAUGGUCAAUUAGACGUGACCUUUGGGAUAGUGCAAUACUGCGUCAGCAAAGAGAAAAGAAUGGUGCAUCAGCUCAUGCGCUGCCAAUGUGCUGAGGAAAGAUGUCCGCCAUAGAUGCAAUGCUAUGCUUGUAGCACAAUACUGUUGGAAUAUGUAGGAGACUUCCAGGGGUUCAGUGAAAUGGGGAGAAAAUCAGGACAGCAGAUAGAGUUCACUUUCCAUGGUUGUGCUGAGACAGUCAACAAAGGAGUGUUUGGGGCAGAGGGAUACGUGCACGGAGAGGGAGUGGAGUGAAAUGCUGUCACCAGUUUGUACAAGGGAGACUGGGUCGGCAGAGGGAAGCUCUCAGCCGGGGCAACAGUCUCCUGGCCAGUCAGGACAAUGGGCAUCACCCAGCUCCUGCUGCAGUUUGUACAAGAGUUGUCUGGACUAGAGCAGAACAAUGGCCGAACCUCCCCACCCCUCCCAAUCUCUGCAGCACGUGAUGCUUCAGGCAGGAUUUUCACAUGUCACUGGUGGGGUUUGUAUUGCUGGGGUAGUGGGGAAAGGAUACCAGGUGACCUUUGAAUGAAGCUCUGAUUUAUUCUUUGAGGUCCUUUGAAUGGAGUCUGACCUGCGUGAGGGGCAGGGAGACUUCACCAGCAAUGAAGUGCACUUUGGAUGGAUUUCUGACAGUGUUUGCACUAAAAUGGGCCUGGCGCUGGCAUGCAGCGCACUUCUGUAAUACUAUCACUGGGUUGGUGUUUGCUUUGCCUGCUAGAGACUGGAACAAGUGGAGACCAUUGCUCUUAUUACGCUAAACUAGCUAACUAACAAAAUACCUGUGCUUUCUUAACCACUCUGUCCUCUAGGCUACCUUGUCCAUAAUGCGGGACUUAGUGUACGAGCAAUGUGACUGGUAACUGUGAAGCAGCAAGGCACAAGCUGUGGGCAGUAAACAGUGUCUUGGAAAAAAUCUGCCUAAGUGUAACUGUAAGUAGAGGUGUGUCUACUUUAACAGCUCAUUGCUUGUGGGGUUCAGUGCAGCUGUGUUAGGGGAGAGGCAGAAACUGGUGUUCCCUAACCUGUCCUCAUAUUGAUGAGGGACAAGGAUGGGGAGGUAAUAUUUUAUGGGACCAACUUCUGCUGCUGAGACACAAGCUUCGGAGCUACUCAGAGCAUAUCUGAAAAGCCCUGUGCAGCUCUAAACCUGUCUCUCACCAAGUGGAGAUGGUCUAAUAAAAGAGAUUCCCUCCCCCACCUCCUCUCUCUCAGAUCCUGGGACCAACAAGGCCACAAGCCUGCAAACAACAGAAAUAUUGGUUCCAUGUCUUUUUUCUUUUUUUUUUUUAAACUGCUGGGCCAGUGGAAAUCCCUCCCCAGAAUAUUUUGGGGCCCUGUCUAGUUAGUAUUGAAGUAUGACUCUAGCCUUGAAAUGAUGAACGUGCUCCUAGCUUAGGCUAUGCCUACACUUAAACCACGUCAGCACCGCUGCAGCUCUAGAGCAGUUUAAGAGCAGACCCUUACUACAGUGAUGGGGGCGGCUCUCCCAUCGAGGUGAGUACUCCACCUCCCUGGGAGGUGAUAGAAGAACUAGUGAGCUGAAUACUUUUCCUCUUUGUGCAGCAACAGAAUUGACUCUGCUCUUGUCACUAGCACCUCUGCCAAUCCAUUGGAGGUUGUAGCAUUGCUCGUGUAGAACUGAGACCCUGGUUUGGCCUACAGAGCCAUUGUCACGGUGCUGAAGCAGGAGAGGGAAGGAGCCCAUCUUGGCUCUGAACCCAGGCACGAUUUAUAGGGUUACCUGUUGGAACACUUUCCUUGUAAACUGUUUCCAUAGGGAAAUCAAGGCAAUGGUGUGGGACCAGCAGUAUCACUGAGUCCUGGUUAAGAAGAGAACUUGAGGGAAUGUGCAGUGUGCUCUUGUCUGUGUAGAUUUCCUUGGGAUCAUACAACAGGAGUGUUUGAAACCAUCUGCUCCCUCCAAGUGUGCGUUGACAUUAAAAUGUUUGGUUGUAACUGUUUCUUGGCCUCGUCCAAAUCUGGCAACCUAAUCAGGCAAAAAAUGUCAAACCUGAGCUGAAGGCAAGCCUCUUCUGUACGUGAUAUGAGAGCACGGCCCUGGUUUUGCUCUGAUUUUCUCACGUUGCUUCCGCCCAUGCAUGGUGUUCAAAAAUAUUUGAGAGCCAGGGGUGCUCCCCUCUCUGGGGUCACAUGGCAUUCUGUGAGCUUGUGCCAUCUCCAGUGACCAGCAGGCUCCUGGAAUGGAAUUCUGCUACCUGUGCUCAGGCAGUCCAACUGCUGAUACAGCAACUGGAGAGAGAUGAUGAACCAAAGCCAAUGGGAGGGAACCUGCUUGUGCUGUACAAUCCUCAACUACACCGCAAUGUGCCACAGCUCAUGCUGGAAAGAUCCAUUAGGUCCAGCUUGGUUUCUGGCUGAUGUUCCUAAAGAAGGGGAACCUGCCUUAGCUCUCCAUUAUGUGGUACUGACUAAUGACCCCCUGAUUACUCCUGUGCCAGACUGUGACCUAGAGGCUACUCCACUGACACCCCAAGGUAGCUGUAUAGCAGCACUCAGAGAUGCAAACACUCUGCAGCCUGUUUGUCAGGAGAUGCAAAGGCUGUGAUUCUGGUUGAAGAGCAGUGUAGCUGUUCACUGCCGGUUACUCCUCAAACCAAACACAAGCCCGAGCUGGUUUAAUUUUGCUCCGCACUAGCCUCCAUCCACUCUUCAUGGGAGCACUACAUCUACUGUGAUAGUCUCUUAGCCUGUUCCUUAUCUUUCCUUUUUGCUGUAAUCUGGUCUGUAAACACAUGCCUUUGUUCAGAUUAGAUCUAAGCUGUUGUACCCCGUUAUGCACUUUUGCUGAGCUGAUGUGUGCUUGAUAAAGGUGUUUUAAAAAAAUAAAGCUUCACUACAAAGAA